AUGGCAUAUGACUACGAGUAUGAUGAGUCGGGGCUUGCCUCGAGCUAUUUGUUGCUAUCGAUGCUGGUUCCUGUGGCUUUGUAUAUGACAUACGACUUGGUUGAUAGUACGCCGAUCCGAAGGGUACGGUGCUUUUGCCCUGGAUGUAAAAACAAGAAUGUGAAGAGGAAGACUAAGAGGAAGGUAUUUACAAUUAUUAUAUGGAUUGUUAUAUCGUAUUUGGUUGGGAAUAUCCGAACUUUGAAGAUUGAGUACAAGAAGGGAUUUAACCCUUUGGAGGUGCUUGGGAUAGACGAGGAUGCGGGAGAGAAGGAGAUUAAGAAGAGGUUGAGAAUGCUCUUGAUGAAAUACAACCUUGGAAAGGCACCGGAGGAGCUUCGGAAAGAGUAUGAAGAAAAGCAGAAGAUGAUCAACAGGGCGUAUGGGCUUGUGAGCAACAAGAAAAAAUACGAGACGUGGCUGAACAGGGAGUCGAAGACUGGGGAGAUUGUAGCGAUUCCUAAGAUGAUUGUUAGCCAGGGGAUUUACGCAUUUGUGUUGUACUCUCUACUUUUGGGGGUACUGCUUCCCCGGUGGGCAUACAGGAAGUGGAAGGAAAUUCGUGACCUUAACAGGGUGGGAGUGAACUUCCGAACGAUGGAGAUGUUUUAUGAGAAGAUCGAUGACAGGAUGAACCAGGGAAAGUACAACCAUGACGUGGUGGAAAAGCUGAUGGCCCUUAUGACGAGGUCGGUUGAGUUUAUGGAGUAUGGAUGGAAGAGCAAUGUAGAGGGUCUUCGGGGACGGAUUGAAAGCGGAUUUGGAUAUCCACUACGAGACUGUGGAAAGGAGGGGAAGGGAUAUCUUGUGUUGAUGGAUCAUUUGUUUAGGACUGGACAGGCGGCAAAGAGCGAUGUGGAGUAUGUGCAAAAAGCAUCUCUUCGGCUGAUAGAGGGGAUGAAGGCGAUUGGAAUUGCAAAGAGAUACGGAAAUGUUGUGAAGAGCCUUGUGGUUCUUGAGUCGAUGAUUAUCCAGGCGGUAUUUGAUCCGAAGUAUUGGAUGCUGGAGAUUCCCUUUGUGAGGUUUGAAGACUUAUUUAUCCAGGAGAAUAGGAAGGAGAAGAUGUCUGAGGAGGAGUGUCUAAGGGCUUUCUUCUCAGGAAGCAAUCUAGAGUCUGGAAUGAAUGUAUACAGAAGCAUUCCUGUAAUUAAGAUAAGUGAGUUCAGUGCAUCUGUGAUUGAGACAGGGGUUGUCAAGGACAUUAGUGAUGUCUCUGAGUCUGAGACAGAAAAUCUUGUUACCCGGAAUGAAGGGGAGGAAGGGGUACGGAACGGGAGGUCUGAGCAAGCGGUGUAUGUGAUUCCCGGGGGUAGCAUUGCAACAAUCAACGUGACCCUUGAGCGAGAGUGCUAUCUUGAUGAAAAGAAAGGAGAAGUUAUAGUGCAUGCACCUUUCAUGAAGGAAUCCUUUUUUGUCAAGUGGAUUGUGAUGUUGACCAUAGACAAUGUUAUCUAUGGGAAGAUACAGAUUAUAGACGACUUUUCGAAAAAGGCUAAGGUUAGAUUCAGCAUUGACUCUGGAGAGCUAAAGAAGGCAUGUGAAUGUAAGGUAUUUGUGGGGUGUGGAGAGUAUCUGAAUAGAAAUGCAGAAAAGAGUAUUGUGAUCAAAGUUGAAUAA